UCCGAAGUCAUGGUGAAACUGGUCAAGGCGGAGAAAAAGGCAAAGCCUCAGAAAAAGGCUCCACCCCCUCCUAAAGAGGAGGAUGAGGAAGAGGAGCCAAGUGAGGAAGAGGCUCCACCCAAGGCUGUGGCAAAGAAAAAGGCCACACCAGCCAAGGCGGCUAAAAAUGGAAAAGUGGCAAAGAAGCAGGAAAACGAAGAGGACGAGAUGCCCCCUCCAGCCAAGAAAGGCAAAGCUACCCCUGCCAAGGCCAAGCCAGCUCCUCCUAAAAAAGCUGCCCCAGUGGAGGCCGAAGAAUCGGAGGAGGAAGAUGACGACGAUGACGAAGAUGAGGACGAGUCUGAGGAGGAAGCGGCACCCCCCAAAGCCACGCCGGCUAAACCUGCCAUGGCAGCGGCGGCUAAAAACGGAAAAGCAGCAAAGAAGCAGGAAAGCAAAGAGGACGAGAUGCCCCCUCCAGCCAAGAAAGGCAAAGCUACCCCUGCCAAGGCCAAGCCUGCCCCUCCCAAAAAAGCUGCCCCAGUAGAAGACGAAGAAUCGGAGGAGGAAGACGAAGACGACGAUGAUGAAGAUGAGGAGGAAGCCGUACCCCCCAAAGCCACGCCGGCUAAACCCCCCGCGAAGGCUGCUCCCGCUGAGGAGGAAGACGACGACGAUGAUGAGGACGACGAUGAUGAUGAUGAGGAGGAUGAAGAUGAGGAGGAAGAGAUGGACACGACUCCUGCUCCCGUGACAAAGGAAAAGAAAGCAGGCAUGGUCAAAGCCAAGGAGGAAUCUGAGGAUGAGGAGGAUGAUGAUGAUGAUGAUGAGGAGGAGGAGGAUAGCGAUGAGGAAGAGGAGGAGAAACCUGCAUCGGCUCCAGGGAAGAGGAAGGCAAAGGCUAAGGAGGCGCCCUUGGCCAAAAAAGCCAAAACCGAGGACAAAGGUUUCUGCCUCUUUGUGGGAAACCUGAACACAAGCAAGAGCUUUGAGGAAAUAAAGCAGGCCUUGGCUGAUUUCUUUUCCGAGAAUGACCUCGAGGUCCAGGAUGUUCGAGUGGGGUCUUCAAAGAAAUUUGGCUAUGUGGAUUUUGCCACUGAAGAGGACCUGCAGAAAGCUCUGGAGCUCAAUAAGAAGAAGGUCCUGGGGCAGGAGCUGCGACUCGACAAGGCCAAGACCAAAGAGACGUCGCAGGACGGCAAACGAGAUAGGGAUGCGCGCACCCUGUUUGUGAAGAACCUCCCUUAUUCUGCCACCAAGGAGGACCUGCAGGAGAUCUUUGACGAGGCUGUUGAAAUCCGCAUACCGACUGGCAAUAAUGGCUCCAGCAGAGGAAUCGCCUACGUGGAAUUUAAGAGUGAGGCCAUCGCUGAGCAGAUGCUGAAGGAGAAGCAGGGGCUGGAUGUCCAGGGACGCUCCGUCAUCGUGGAUUUCACUGGAGACAAGAGUCAAAAAGGCUCCCGACCUUCAGCUGCAGGUGCUGUUAGCAAGACUCUGGUGGUUAACAACCUGGCAUACAGCGCAUCCGAAGAGACCCUCCAGAGUGUGUUUGAAAAAGCCGUCAGUAUCAGAAUAGUUCAGAGCAACGGAAGGCCGAAAGGCUUUGCCUUUGUGGAGUUUGAGAACGUCGAAGAUGCCAAGGAGGCCCUGGAGUCCAUGAAUAACACAGAAGUGGAGGGGAGGUCAGUGAGGCUGGAGUACAGCCAGUCUCAGUUUCAGAAACCUGAAGGCAGAGGACACACGGGCCCAACGAAGACAUUGUUCGUCAAAGGUCUGUCAGAGGAAACCACUGACGAGACCCUGAGAGAUUCCUUUGAGGGAGCGGUAGCAGCAAGAGUUGCCACAGACAAGGACACAGGAUCCUCUAAAGGGUUUGGCUUUGUGGACUUCGACAGCGAGGAGAGCUGCAAGAUGGCCAAAGAGGCCAUGGAGGACUGUGAGAUUGAUGGCAACAAAGUGACCCUCGACUAUGCCAGGCCGAAGGGCGAGGGAGGCCACCGCGGUGGCAGAGGGGGUGGCUUUGGAGGGAGGGGUGGAGGUGGCAGAGGCGGGCGUGGCGGUUUCGGCAGAGGGGGCGGCGGCUUCAGGGGCGGAAGGGGAGGAAGAGGAGGAAACAGAGGGGGAUUUGGAGGCAGGGGCGGUGGAUUUGGAGGAAAGCCACAGGGGAAGAAGACUAAGUUUGAAGAUUAAGUAGUUCUAGUGCAUUUUCAUUUUCCAGCGGACAUUGAGUUUUUCAUCAUUGCAGCUCUCUGUGUGCAGAGAGCACCUUUGGACAUUGCAGUCAGCAGCCAGUAUGAAUGUAUUGCAUCUGAUCGCUCCCAUCUCUCCAUGUCUCGUGGCUGACAUCAGCGGCCAAAGCCCACCCUUCUCCGCCAAGGAGGAAAAAGGAUCCCACUGAAAGUGCUCAUAAAAUGACUGUUGUUAGCCAUAUAGGCGUUCAGAUUAAUUUUACUUUUUGUAAAAAAGUAAA